ACCUCAAAUUAGCAUAAGUAUAAUGAAACUUCCUUAACUGACUUCAAACUAUGUGUAUAUAAAUAAAUGUCGGAAUAUUUUUUUCCUUACAGAGAGUCUUUUAUUUUUGUAACUAGGGCUAACUCAAUAUUCUUGUGAUCUCCUCUCUCAUCAUUGUCCUCAUCAACAUGGAGGAUGGAGAACCUUCAUCAACCGCUUGCUUGCCGCUCAAGGAAGAAAAGCUCCAACAAAACCCUAAAACAACCAAAGGUAGACAGAAGAUAGAGAUCAAACAGAUCAGCGAGGAGAGCAAGAGGCAAGUGACGUUUUCAAAACGCAGAACGGGGCUUUUCAAAAAAGCGGCAGAGUUAAGCGUCCUAUGCGGAGCACAGAUCGGUAUCAUAACGUUUUCACGUCGCGGCAGGAUCUACACGUUUGGUAACGCGGACGCACUCGUUGAAAACUACUUGCGGAGGACGCCCGUGAUGCUGAGGUCACAUCCUGGUGGUGACAUGCCAAACGAAGGUGAGGAGGCAGACGGUUUGAAGUGGUGGGAGAAGACGGUGGAGAGUGUGCCGGAGGAGGAGAUGGAAGAGUACAUUACGGCUUUGAGUGGGUUAAGGGACAAGUUGUGGACAAGGAUCUGUCAGCUGGGUGGUGAUCAGACUGUUCAGAUGAAUGCUCCUGUGUUUCAGAAUCAGAUGGCUGAGAUUGAAUGGAAACUGACAGAUGAGAAUCUGACGGUUAGGAAUGAUCAAGGUCAGUCAGGUAACGAUGGUUAUCUAGACAUUGCGUCUGGUACGUUUCUGUCUCAAAGCCGUAGGCAAUGAAGUGUUUUCUUGAUAUGUAUUACACUGGUGUUAUAUUUAUGUAUUGUAUGUUUAUCUAAAUUAUUUACAUUCGUUUAACUCAGUUUAACUCAUGUUUUCACGUUUGA